AUGUCUGCAGACACGCCGACAUCGCUACCCAACCACGCUCCCACGAAUAUGAAGGUGGCUGCCACUGUGGCCAUCUCUAUCUGCCACAUCAACGGCUAUCUGAUGAUCUAUCCCCUUGAGACCAACAUUACUUGGCUCUCUGGCUUCCAGGAGAUGACCGAAUACAAGUUCGGCAUGGAGCGGGUCAAACAUUCUUUCUGCGGGAAUUGUGGGACGGCUAUUGGGGCCAAGAGCAACGAUCCCAACUUCUUCCAGGACAACCGCGCCAUCAACGUCCGCACGCUCAAGGGCAUCGAUAUUGACAAGCUCAAGUUAAGGAAAGUCGACGGGCGCUCAGUUGGCAACCCGGGGACCAAAACCAAAUAG